CUCCGCCAGAUCGCCGCCAUCAUGGACACGAGUCGCGUGCAACCCAUCAAGCUGGCUAGGGUAACCAAAGUGCUGGGCAGGACCGGCUCGCAGGGUCAGUGCACACGGGUGCGUGUGGAAUUUAUGAAUGACACCAGCCGCUCUAUCAUCCGAAACAUCAAAGGCCCCAUUGGAGAGGGUGAUGUGCUCACCCUAUUGGAAUCAGAAAGAGAGGCUCGGAGGUUGCACUGACCUUGCUGCUGGAUCCUGGAUAU